AUGAACCUUACCAUUUUACCUGGGGAAAGUAAGAAUAUAACAUGGAUAUUUGAUGAUGAUAUAUUUCAAGUGGGUUCCCGCACUUUGUUUUUCACAAGUAGUGACGGCUUACGAGUUGGACCUCUUGGAGGAAUACUGUUGGAUCUUCAGCCUUUGAUACAAAAGGACAUCUUACCCGAGAUUAGCAUAACAAAGCCAGCAACGUUGGGUUUAAACAAUAUUAAUCAAAGUUAUGAUGGAACAUACAGGUUUACCCUUAUAGCAACUGGAAGUGUUAGUGAAUUUGAUGUUAGGGUUUUCAUUGCAAGUAAGUUUCAUAUAAAUAAUAGAUUAUUGUUUCUUAAUCUUUAGCAAUAAUUGGCAUUGACAGUGGCAUGAUGAGCAUGACCCCAUAUAUGAACAUGAGAUUGAAUAACACUAAUGCAUAGAAUCAUAGAUGCAACUGAUUCAAUAGAUGUCCAACAACGGUUCAAAUGCAUAAACAAAUUUUGUGAAAAAAUCAGUGUCAACAACCAAAAUUUUGAAAUUUCAAUUGUUUAAUCAUUUUUGUCAAACCAUACGGAUGCCCAACAAAACGUCGCAAAUUUGUUCAUCAGAUUCGCAAAGCAUUGUGUAACCGUCGCCUUUAUCACAUUUAGAGAUGUUGUAUGACUGGAGAUUAAAACUUUACAUGUGUUUAUUACAUUUUAGUAACGCCAGCAGUGACAGUCAAUUGUUCCAGUCCGACCACAUUGACUGAGGGUGAUAACUUUACAUGUGUGUAUGUAAAGAACAAGGUGGCAACCCUCCUGCAAACGUUACCUGGUAUAAAGGGAGCGUACCGAUUGUCACAGAAAAAGAAAUAGGUAUUUUGCGUCUUCCUAAUAUUGGUAAAGACGACAGUAGGAUACACAGAUGUGAAGCCAAAAGCCAUGAGGAGGCAAAAAAACGAAACAACAAUUGAAUUAAUUGUGAAUUGUAAGUAUAAGUGGCACUAGGCGUCCAUAAGUUGUACUCGAAUCAAGCACAUUAAUUUGAGACCAUAUUUAAUUAAGUAUACUAUAGACACUAUACUCUAUUGUGUGUGUUUGUGUAUGUAAAUAUUUAAACUGGUGGCGUAUGCACACAUGCAAAUUUAGGAACUGGAUAAAAAGGGAAUGCAUGUUUGAACUAGUGAUGUGUAUAUUUUUUAAAGUGUGUAUGUUGUGCCCGGCAUUCAAACUCGUGAGUAAAUUAUUUCGUUCAUGUGUGUUUCAUGCAUGCACGUGACUAUAUAUCAAUUUGCUUCUGUAUAAUUUUUUCAUGCAUAUAGUCAACAAGUAAUAAUAUUAGUAUGGCUUUUCGUGCAACUUGGAUCGUAUCUGAAAAACUCGCUCGUGCAUGUUUUGUGGUUUGUUCACUCACUCACCCAUACUAAUACCAUAGAUUCCUGAAACCAUAUUUUAUACUAUUUUCGUUUCCUUAGAUCCACCAGAAGAGCCAUACUUUAAGGAAAAAGCGGUUGUUAGUAAAACCUUUGCCAUAACAUGUGAAUCCAAUGGUCAUCCUUCACCAAGUUAUACCAUAAUCCAUAAUGAUACCAAGAUCGUCGGUAAUGACAAGACGUAUACCAUAGAUGAUGUGUAGUACAGUGAUGCUGGGUUAUAUAAAUGUAUUGCCGAGAAUAAACUUGGAAAUAGGUCAACGAUAUAUGAUUUAUCUAUCCUAAGUAAGAUUUAAUAUUUUCAGAUACAAAAACAGUUUUUACCUCUCCUUUACUACUUAUUAGUUAUAUAUACACCUUGUCUUCAAAAUUUCGAGUGUAAUGAAAGUGUAUUAACAUGAUUUCAUUAUGUUUAGAUCAAUUAAUAAAUCCAACAACUGGUAUUAGCACUCAAAAAUUAUCCACUACUGAGAAUUCUAGAUCAGGUAAGAUGUAUACCACUUGUUCAGAAGUUAUAUAUGCACUUUGGCUAUGAAAGCAAGUUGAAUAGACUACAUAUUGAUGUGAACUAUCUUCCUUAAACAAUAGUUCUAUAACAAGCCCCCCCCCCCUCCCUCACCAAAGCUAGUGUUGUUUUGUUGCAGGGGACACACAUUGCAGGGGGCGUUUGUUGUUUAACCACUGCAGCUUUCAUUAUUAGUUAAAACACGGAAAUAUUGGUUACUACAUGCAUGUUUGGGAGUAUAAUUUAAACUGGGAGAGGCUGGGAGAAACACGAACAGCAUGUUUUGAGAUCGAAGACCAUGAUAAUAAACAAGUUUAAAUUCAAAGUUUCUACGACGUUGUGUUUUAUCAGUUUUAAAUAUUUCUGUUCAAUCAAUACAGCUGCCAACAAAGAGAAUGAUGGGAUGACUGUUGUAGUGUGGCAUAUUGUUGUAUCUUUAGUGUCCGGGAUUAUUAUUGGAAUUCUUCUUUCCUAUAUUGCCUUAUGUUCUCGUCGUAAAUUCAGAUGUAGGAAACGUCAAUAUAAUUAUCAGUCGUUGAGAGUGAAUGCUGCAAGUCAUGACGCUGGAAAUCGAGGUGGAAAUGAUGAUGACUCUACUUACACUGCGUUGAACAAAACCAGAGAUGUGGAGAACAACUAUCAAUCUUUAACUUGA